AUGAAGCUGCUGUAAGACCUGAAUUGCGUGCUAGAGCUACUUCGUUACCCAAUUGCUCCGACUAACUUAAGCAUGGAGUGAAGGGUUGUCCUCGGCGGCUGAAAGGAUGGACCGGAAGAAGCAGGAGGAGCUCCAACGCGUUGGGCGUCAGCGGCUCGAGGAGUUCAAGAAGGCUCGUGGUCAUCAGCGCUCAGCUGAUGCAGGCUCCGCAAUAAACUCUGCGGCACCGAGCCCUGCCGCCUCGCAAGCGGUGAACGAGGCUCUGGUAACAGCAGCGGCGUCCAUGGUGGUCGGCGGAGGCCCCUCCGGCGCCACCCCGCGCAAGUCGGGUCGCUCCACCAACCCAUCCACCAGCGGAUCCAGCACGCCGGUUUCCUCCGGCAUCCCGCCGCCGCCCGGCUCCACCGGCGCGGGGGCCAUCUCCUCCUCCUCCUCAUCGGCCAUGGACCUGCUGAACAAGGAGCUAGCGCAGUACCGACUGCGGGUGUCGCAGGCGGAGGCCAAAGCCAAGGAGGCGGAGGGGCGCGCCUCCGCGGCCGAGGCCCAGCUGAGUGCUGUGCGGGCCAUGUCGCCGGGCGCGGCGGCCAAGGCGGCAGUGGUGACGGGCGGCGCGGCGGCGGAUGCGGCGCUGGCGGGGCUGGAGGAGGCGCUCAAGGUUGCGGGCCAGGAGCGAGAGCGCAUGGAGGCGGCUCAGCAGGACCUCGCGCGGCAACUGGAGGCGGCGCAGCGGCAGACGGAGAGCGCCGUCAACCAGCUGCGGGACGCGGAGAUGAGGUGCCAGCGCCUGCAGGACAAGGUGGGGUCCAUAGAGGUCGGCGCCUCAGAGGCGCAGCACCAGCUGAUGGCCGGCCAGGCGCAGCACCGCAAGGAGAUGGAGCUGGCGGCCAGGCGGCUGGUGGAGGCGCAGCACCGAAUCGCUGAGCUAGAAGAGGAGGCGGACCAGGAGCGCGCGCGGGCAGAGCGCGUGGAGGCGGAGGUGGCGCAGGCCACGCAGCUGGCGGCGGCGCUGCAGGCCCGCGUGGAGGAGCUGGACCGCAACACGCAGCGGGAGCUGGGCGAGGCGUGGGGGAAGGCGGCCGCGCUUGAGGAGGAGCUGGCGGAAUUCAAGGCCGCUGCCGAAGAGGCUGAGCAUAAGCUGUCGGCUGUGCGCGAGUAUGCCACCUCCAAUGUGGACGACCUCAACGCCGCCAACGACCGCCUAGCCGAGCUGGAGCAGCAGCUGGCGGCAGCCAAGCAGGCGGCAGACGCGGCAGUGGCAGAGGCGGCGGCGGGUGCGGCGGCGCUGGCGCGCGUUGCGGAUCUGGAGCAGCAGCUGGCGGCGAAAACGGAGGGCGCGGACGCCGCGGGCGCAGCGGACGCGGCGGCGCUGGAGGAGGAGCGGCGGCGCUCAGCGGAGCUGCAGAAGCAACUAGAGGAGGUCCGCGCCCAGGUGGCGGAGGCGCUCGCGGCUCGCGACGCCGAGCGCCUGGCGGCAGCCCAGGCGCACGCGGCGGGCGCGGCGGACAAGGAGCAGGUGGCUGCGCUGAAGGAGCAGCUGGCAGCGGCGCUGGAGGGAGCCAAGGCCGCCAAGGGCCAGCUCAAGGAGCUGACGGCCCAGAGCGACGUGGCCAAGCUGCGCGCUCGCGCCCAGACGCUGGAGAUGCAGCUGGCGGUGGCGUCGCAACGCGUCAAUGUGGUGGAGGGCGAGCUGGAGCAGGCGCAGACAGAGGUGGCGGCGGCCAGGCAGUUCCGGCGCCGCAUGCAGGGAUGGAUCGAGGAGCAGGGCGCGGGCGGCGCGGGUGGCGGCGGCGGGCAGAGCAGCAAGGAGCUGGCGGCCAAGCUGGUGCGGGCCACGGAGGAGGCCGCCAAGCUGUCGCAGAAGCUGGAGGAGGCGGAGCGCCGACUGGCGGAGGGCGUGCCUGACAAGCCGCCCAAGGCGCACGAGUCGCGCUUGCGCCGUUUCGCGCCCGCCGACCAGGCCGGUGGCGAGGCCGGCAGCGGCGGCACUCCCCUCCGCUCCUUCCCCAGCGGCGGCGACGCGGCCACCUCUGGCGGCGGCGCCGCGCGGCAGGGCAGCAUAACCUCGGCCGAGGGCGACGCCGCCGCAGACGCUGCCACGCUGUCUGGCGAGCUGGAGAAUGCGCGCAGCCAGCUGAAGGGCGUAAUGGAGCACGCCACGCGCCUCGACGUGGACCUUGCGGCGGCGCGCGACCGCAUCGCAGCGCUGGAGGCGCAGCUUGCCAAGGCGGGCAAGCCGGCAGACCCGCGCACGUCCUCUUCGUCCGGCAUGGCACCUGAGCCGUCGGCGCGCAGCAGCUCCGCCGGCGGCGCGCCGCCCGCGGGCGAGCAGCCGGCGGCUGCGCCCGGCCUGGGCGCGGAGGCGGAGGCUGCGCUGCGGAAGGAGCUGGCGGAGGCGGCCGAGGCGGCGGAGCGGCACGCGCGCGAGGCGGAGGAGGCGCGCGAGAAGCUGCGGAGCGCGGUGAAGAAGGGCAAGGUGCUGGCGGACGGCAAAGCCAGCCUGGAGGCGCAGGUGGCGGAGCUUGUGGCGGCCAAGGCCGAGCUGGAGGCGAAGCUGGGCGAAGUCGAGGCGGCGCGGGCGGAGGUGGAGGCGGCGGCGGCCAGGCAGGCGGAGGAGUUGCAGGUGGCAAGGGCUGAGGGCACGGCGUUGCACGAGCGCGCGGCGGAGGAGGCGGUGGGGCUGCGGGCGCGCGUGGCGGAGCUUGAGGCCGCGAAGGCGGCGGCAGAGCUCCAGCUGGCGGAGGUGUCUGAUGUGCGCGCGGCGCUGGCUGCCGAGGUGCAGCAGGUGGAGGCUGCCCGGGCCGCCGCCGCGGAGCGCGCGGCGGCAGCGGAGGCUGAGUUGGCGGCGGCUGCGUCUCGCGCUGAGGCUGCGGAGGCGGAGGCACGUCGCGUGGCGGCGGAGCUGGCGGCGGCACGCAGUGACGGUGGCGCCGCUGAGCAGCGCGUUGCCGCCAUGGAGGCGCAGUUGGUGGCGGCCGCGGCUGCGGCGGCGGCGCUGGACGCGGCCCACAACGACGCCAAUCGCCGAAGCCUGGAGCUGCAGUCUCAGCUAGAGGCGGCGCUGGCGGCGUCAGCAGAGCGUGCUGACGGCCUGGCAGCGCAGCUGGCUGCAGCGGAUGCUCGCACUGCUGAGCUGGCAGCCGCUGCAGAGGCGGCGCGGUCAGAGGCGGCGGCAGCUGCCGCUGCGGCCUCGGAGGCGAAUGCUGCCAAGGACGGGCUCAAGGAGCGUGUGUCACAGCUUGAGGCGCAGUUGGCGGAAGCAAGGCAGGAGGCAGAUGCCAUGGCAGCCUCUGCUUCCGCCAGUGCCGCGUCCGCCACGGCAGCGGAGACCCGCGUGGCUGAGCUGCAGGCGAGCCUGCAGGAGGCCCACGCCGCGUCAUCGCGAGCUCAGGCAGAGGCACAGGCCGCGUCCGAGCGUGCUGCAGCGGCAGAGCAGGCGCUGGCAGAUGCGAAGGCGGCUGCGGAGGCCGCCGCCGCAGAGGCCGCGGCGCGCCUGGAGGCGGCGGAGCAGGAGGCUGGCGCACUGCGGGAAAAGCUGGAGGCGGCGCAUGCGGCCGCGGAGCAGCACGGCAGCCGGGCGGCUUCCACUGAGGAGCUGGUGGGCGGCUUGCAUCAGCAGCUGCGGAGCGCCCAGGCAGAGGCGGAGGCGGAGGCCGCCAAGGCGACCGCAGCGGAGGCUAGCGUACAAGAGCUGCAGUCAAAGCUGGCGGAGGCGGAGGCGACGGCGGAGGCACAGGUGCAAGAGCUGAUGUCAAAGCUAGCUGGGGCGGAGGCGGCGGCGGAGGACAGCAGCGCCAAAGCAGCGGCGUCAGCAGCGCAGUGCGAGGAGCUCUCGGCCGCGUUGGCCACGACACAGGCGGCCGCGGACGAGCAAGGCGCCAAGGCUGUGGCUGCAGCGGCUCGCGCCGCAGAGCUGCAGGAUCAGCUGGCCGCGGCGAAGGAGGAGGCGCAGGCCGCUGGUGCCAAGGCCGCGGCGGCAGAGGCGCAGCUGGCGGACCUGCAGGCCAGCCUGGCAGCGGCUGAGGACCAGGCUGCGACAGUGGCAGCGGCGCUUCGCGAGCAGCUUGACGCCGCCCUUGCGUCGACCGAGCAACAGCGUGCGGCCGCUGCUGCAACGGAGGCGCGCGCCGCGGAGCUUGAGGCGAAGCUGUCUGAAGCAGAGGCGGCGGGCGCGGAAGCACACGAGCAGCUGGAGUCCGCCCAGGCGUCGCAGGCGGCUGCGGAGGAGCGCGCGCUGGACCUGCGGGGGCGGCUGGACGCGGCGGAGGAGCAGGUGGCGGAGCUGCAGGCCUCCAUGGUGGGCCGCAUGUCGGGCGCAGAGGACCGCGUGCUGGAGCUGGAGGCGCAGCUGGACUCGCUGAGGGCGGCGGAGCAGAACGCGGCGGCGGCCGCCGCCGCCGAGGGCGAGCGCGCGGGCGAGCUACAGCACGCGCUGGACGCGGCGCAUGCCACGCUGGCGUCGGCGCACGAGGCGCACGACAGGGAGCUGGCGGCGGCGGCGGCUGCCGCCGCAGCUGCGGCGGCGCGCGCUGCGGCGGCGGAGGCGCAGCUGGAGGUGGCUUCCGGCGAGCUGGCGGAGGCGGCGGCGCGCGUAGUCGCGUUGGAGGCCGCGUCGGAGGAGGCAGCGGGCAAGGCCGACUACGCAGUGGCAGCGGCCCGCGCCGCGGCGGCUGACGCGGAGGCGGCCGUUUCUGCACUGCAGUCGGAGCUGGCGGCACAGGGUGCGACCCUGGCGGCGGUGCGGGCUUUGCUGGAGGAAACCGUGGAUGAGCACUCCCACACACUGGAGCGCCAGCGUCAGCAGGCGGUGGCGUGGGCGGCGGAAGCCGAGCAGCUGGCGGCUUCUCGCUCCACUGUGCAGUCCGCUCUAGAGGCCCUGCAGGCCGGGCUUACGGCAGCGGAGGGCCGCGCCGCUGUGGCAGAAGCGCGCGCCGGCGAGGUGGCCGAGGCCGCUGAGUCGUCCCGUGCAGCAGAGCUGGCGGAGGCCCAGGCGGCGGCGGCUGCAGCCCGAACCGAGGCGUCAGCAGCGCAGCGGGCGGCAGAGGAGGCGGCAGAGGCUCUCAACUCGCUGCGUCAAGCCCAGGCCGAGCUUGAGGAGAAGCUGGCCGCAGCCGAGCGCACAGCCGCGGAGCGGGAUGCGUCUGCGGCCGCUGCUGCCUCAGACCUGGAGGCCCGGGUGCAGCAGGCCGAGGCGGCUGUAGCUGCGGCGCGCCAGCAGGCGGAUGAGCAGCUUGAGGCGCUUCGCGAGGAGCUGGCGGCAGCAGCGGCCGCGGCGGAGGAGCAGCGGCUCGCCGCGGCCAUCACAGCGGAGACCGCCGCCGCCGACCUAGCGGCGGCGCGUGCUGACGCCGAGGGCACAGCGGCAGCUCUUACCGAGACCCGCACCGCCGCGGAGGCCUCAGCCGCCCGUGCUGCCGAGCUGGAGGCCGCCCUUGGCCGCGCACAGGAGGAGCUGGCGGCGGCACACGCGGCCCAAGGUGACGCCGCCGCCGUUGAGUCCGCCAAGCUGGCAGAGCUGACGGAGAAGCACGCGGCGCUGGAGGCGGCCCACGAGACCUUGGAAAAGCAGCUGAAGCAAAUCAAGCACAAGGGCGCGGCGCUGAAGAACGAGCACACCAAGCUCACGGAGGUGCACGCCGAGACCGUCGACAGGCUGGCGGCGGCCGAAGCCGCCCGAGGUGAGGCGGAGGCGAAGCUUGCGGAGGCGACGGCCGCUGGUGAGGCCGCGGAGGCUGCUCGGGACGAGGCAGAGGCGAAGCUUGCGGAGGCGAUGGCCGAUCGUGAGGCCGCGGAGGCUGCUCGGGACGCGGCGGAGGCGAAGCUUGCGGAGGCGAGCUCAGCGAUGAAGGCUGCCGAGGCCGCCCGCGAGGAGGCUGCAGCCAAGGUGGCGGCGGCCGAGGCGCAAGCCGCGGAGCUUGCCACCGCCCGCACGGCGGCUGCAGCGGAGCGCGACGAGAUUGCCGCAAGGCUGGCGGACGCGGAGGCGCAGCUGGCUUCCUCUAGCUCCGCCCGCUCGGAGGCGGAGGCGGAGGUGCGUGCAGCGCUGGCUGCCGCGGAGCGCCAGCUGGCGGCGUCUGCCCUCGAGAAGGCGGCGCUGGAAUCCCAGCUGGCGGCGUCUGCCGUCGAGAAGGCGGCGCUGGAAUCCCAGCUGGCGGCGUCUGCCGUCGAGAAGGCGGCGCUGGAAUCCCAGCUGGCGGAGCUAGGUGCCCAGGUGGAGGCCCGGCGUGAGGCGCUGGACGCCGCACUACACGCCGUGGCCGAGGCGGAGGCGGGCGCCAAGCGCUCGGCUGCGCUGCUGGAGCUGGAGCUGACGCAGCACGCCUCCGCCGGCGCCGCCGCGGGUACGCAGCUGGCGGCGGCGCAGGCCCGCAUGGAGGAGCUGGCGGCCGCGAACGCGGAGCUGCAGUCCAGGGUCACGGCUACGGAGGCGACGCUGGCGGAAGCGGAGGCCGCGCUGGCGGAGGCCAAGGCGGCGGCCGCCGAGGCCUCGGCGGCGGCCGAGCUGCGUGCGCAGCUGGCGGCGGCGCAGGCGGCGGAGGCCACGCUCCAGGCGGAGCUGGCGGCGGCGGCGGCGGCGCAGGCGCGGCUGCAGUCCCAGCUGGAGGCCACACAGGCGGCGGAAGCCGCGCUGCUGGCGCAAGCGCAGGCGGCGCAGGCCGCGGAGUCGGACCUGCGGGCGCAGCUAGAUGCCGAGCAGGCGGCCGCAGCCGGCUUGCAGGCGCAGCUGGCGGCGGUGCAGGGUGCCGAGGCGGCGCUGGCGGCGCAGGCCGCCGCUGCGGAGGCUACCGUGGCGGAGCUGCGCAAAGAGCUGGCGGCGGUCGAGGCUGCACAGCAGGAGCUGCAGGCGCAGCUGUCCGCAGACCAGGCGGCUGCAGCCGCCGCGGCUGCGGAGGCGGACGCACUGCGUGCGGAGCUAGCUGCUACCAAGGAGGCGGCUGCCAGGGAGGCGGAGGAGCUGCGUGGCGAGGUGGUUGCGGCGAAGGCGGCGGCGGAGGUGGACGCGGCGGGCAUGCGCGACAGCGCUGGUGCGGCGGUGGAGGACCUGAUGCGCCGGGUGGCGGAGCUGACGGCGCAGGUGGAGGCGUUGCAGGGCGAGCUCGCCAGCGCGCAGGAGGAGCUGGCGAGCCGCGAGGCGGAGCUGCUGGAGGUGGGGCAGCAGGCGGAGGCGGCGCAGGCGGAGGCGGCGGAGGGCCACAGCCGCGUGACCCAGCUGCAGGGCCAGCUGCGGGCCAUGGAGGCCACGCUGCUGGAGGACAGCGGCGCGGCCAAGGACUCGGAGGAGCAGCUGGAGCAGGCCCAGGCCGAGCUGGAGCAGGCAAAGCGGGAGCUGGCGGAGACCAGGGCCGCCGCAGCUGCGGCCGCGGAGGCCAAGGCGGCGGCAGAGGCGGCGGCCGCAGAGGUGGAGGACCUUCGCCAGAAGCUGCGCGCGGCGGUGCGCAAGGGCAAGACCAUUGACCAGGCGCGCGCGGCGCUGGAACAGCAGGUCGCAGAGCUGCAGGCGGCCGCCGCCGCUGCUGGCACCGCUGCCGCGGUGGAGGUGGAGACGACCUCCCGCAGUGCACCCGUCAUCGACAUUGAGGCAGCGGCAGCGGCAGCCGCCGCUGCAGAGCGGGCGGAGGCCGCAGAGGCGCGCGCAAUGGAGCUGGAGGCACAGCUGGCGGCGGCGCGUGAGGAGCUGGCGGCGGCGCGCGCCAGCGCGGAGGAGGGGCGUGAGCUGGGCGAGGCGGCGGUGGCGGAAGCAGCGGCGCGCGUGGUGGCGCUGGAGGCGGCGGCAGGAGAGCGCGAGGCGGCGGCGGCGGCGCUGGAGGCCCGCGUGGCGGAGCUGCAGGACCGACUGGCGGACGCGGAGGACGAUGCGGAGCACGCGGCUGGGCGCGCCGCAGCGCUGACGUCAGCGGUGGCGGAGGCAGAAGCCGCCGCCGACGCCGCGCGGCGCACCGCUGCGGAGGCGCAGGCUGCUCUGAAGGCCAAGGCGGCCGAGGCGGCGGCAGCGGCAGUGGAGGCCGCUGAGCUGCGCUCCCGUGUGGAGGAGCUGGAGGCAGUGGAGGCGGAGGCGGCGGACCUACGCUCCAAGCUGCAGGCGGCGGAGGCCGCGGCUGCGGAGGCGGCGGCGGCAGCCGCGCUGGCGGCGGACGUUAUGGAACGGGAAGAGGAGUCCGCCGCGGCGGCGGCCGCAGCCGCUGAGCUGGAGGUCGUCAAGCAGCAGCUGUCGGAGGUGCAGGCGGCGCUGGAGGCAGCCAAGGAGGAGGCGGCCAGGAGCGCAGCGGAGGCAGCGGAGGCGGGCCAACGCGCCGAGGACCUGAAGAACAAGCUCAAGUCGGCGAUCAAGAAGGGCAAGCGCCUGGAGGAGCAGCUGGCGGAGGCCACCGCCGCCGUCGCCGCCGCGGCGGCCACAGCCGAGGCCAAGGCCGAGGUGCAGGCUGUGGCGUCGCGCAGCGCGCCUGCGGAGGCGGAGGAGGCGUCCGCGGCGGCGGCGUCCGCAGCGGCAGAGCUGGCAGAGGCGCAGGCGGCGCUGGUCCAGGCCAAGGCGUCCGCGGCGGCCGCGGCCGAGGAGGUGCAGGGCCUGCGGUCGCGUGUGACGGAGCUGGAGGAGCAGGUGGCGGCAGCCACCAAGAAGUUGUCGCUGACCGCCAGCAUGAGCACCCUGGUGGAUGAGCUCAGCGCCCGCAGCGACCAGCUGUCCGCCGACCUGGCCGCCGCCCGGGCCGCCGCGUCGGAGGAGGCGGAGGCAGCCGCGGAGUUGCGCGGUCGGUUGGAGGGGCUGGAGACAGAGGUGGCGGCGGCGGAGGCGCGCGUGGUGGUCGCGGAGGCGGCUGCGGCGGACAAGGCGGCGGCGCUGGAGAGCCAGCUGGAGGACGCCAUGGCGGCACUGAGGGCGCUGGAGGUCCAGAAAGCCAGCCUUGAGGAGGUGGCCAAGGAGGCGCAGCGCCGCGCUGAGGCGGCCGCCGCUGAGUCGGCGGCAGCGGAGGGCGCGGAGUCGGCGGCGGCUGAGGCUGAGUCGCUGCGGGCACGGCUGGGCGAGCUGGAGACGCAGGUGCUGAUGCGCGACUCCGAGGUCACCCGCCUCACGUCGCAGGUGUCCCGUCUGGAGGGUGCGCUGGAGGAGCAGCGCUCGGCGCUGGCCCGCGCGCAGGAGGCGGCGGCGCAGGCGGAGUCGGAGGCGGCUGAGUCGGCGGCGCUGGGCGGCGCGCAGCUAGACGCGGCUCGUGCGGAGCUGGAGGCGGUGCGGCAGCACGCAGACGAGCAGCGCCGGCUGCGAGAGUCGCUCGCAGAGCGCCUGGCCUCCGCCGAGGAGACGGAGCACGACCUGCAGGAGGAGCUGGCGGCAGCGGAGCAGCGCGCUGGCACCGCCAAGGCCGACCUGGCGGUGGCGCGGCAGCGUGUGGCGGAGCUGGAGGCCAAGCUAGAGCUGGCGGCGGAGCAGCUGGGCGGACUGGCGGAGGCGGCCGCCGUCGCCGAGGCCACCGCCGCCGCGCGCGCCGCGGCGCAGGAGCACGCGGCGGAGCUAGAGCGGAAGCUGGCGGAGGCGGAGGCGCAGGCGGACGAGCUGCAGGGCGAGCUGAUUGGCUGCCGCAUGCGGGCGGAGGCGGCGGAGGCCAGCGCCGCCAAGGCCGGCGCGGCGCUGGCAGCGGCGGAGGCCGCACAGGCGAGCGCGCUGGCGGCGGCGCAGGCCGCAGGUAGCGGUGCCUCAGAGCGGCUCGCGGCGCUGACGGCGGAGGUUGAGUCCCUACAAGGCCAGCUGGCGGCGGCGCGCGCUGCCGCCGACGGCGCGUCGGCCGCUUCUGCGGAGGUGGCGGCGCUGCGCACCCGCGCGGCAGAGCUGGAGGAGGCCGCGGCGGCGGACGCUGCCAAGCUGGCGAGGGCUCGCGACACACUCAGCCGGCUGCAGGCGGACAAGUCGGCGGCCGUGGCCAAGCUGGAGGAGCUGAGCGCGCAGGUGGCGGCGCUGACGGCGGCCAACGGGCAGCUGGAGGCGGCGCUGGCGGCGCUGCACCGCCAGCAGGAGCUGGUCCGGUCGGGUCUGGCGGACCCCGAGCCGGAGGUGGCGGCGCGCGGGCUGGCGCUAGGCGCGGCGUCGGUGGCCGGCGCGGCGGUCGCUGCCCUGGCGGGCGGCGGCGCGACGGCGGCGAUGGAUGCAGAGCGCCUGGCGGCGGCGGAGCGCGCGCUGGCGGCGGCACGGGAGGAGGUGGCGGCGCUGGCGGGCCGGCUGCAGGCCGCGGAGGCAGAGCUUGCGGAGGCGCGCGGUGCUCUGGCAGCCCUGCGGGGCGAAAAGGCGGAGGCGGUCGCGGAGGCGGAGGCGGCUCUGGAGGGCGUCCGGCGCGAGCUAUUGGCGGCGCAGGAGGAGGCACGCAAGUCCGCCGCUGCGGCGACCGCGGCCGAGCGUCGCUGCGCGCAGCUGGCCGGCGAGGCGGCGGAGGCCACCGCUGCCGCCGCCACUGGGCCGAGCCGCAGCCGGCGUGGCAGUGAGGCGGGCGCCAACGGCGGCGCCGCGCUGCCGCGGCCGCCGCUGGCCCGCCGCACGUCCCGCGACGUUGGGCCUGAGCUGAACGCCGCUCUGGGGCCCAGCCUGUCUCGCGAGGGGUCAUCCAGCGAGCGCUCGCCGUCGGCUGCGGCUGCUGCGGUGGCCGUGGCUGCGGCAGCCGCAGGCGCUGCUGCUGCUGGCGGCAGCGCGGACGCGGUCCGCCGCGCCGCCCGCGACGACGCGCGCGCCGUGAGCUCCAUCCUGGCGGGCGCACACGAGCGGGUGCUGGCGCUGGCGGCGCGGCUGAGCCGCUCGCACAGCCUCAUGGCGGAGAUCGAGCUGGCCACCACCGCCAGCUCCGGCUCGCCGCAGCUGCCCGAGUUCGCGGACGUGCUGGCGGCGGCUCUGGGUCUGGACAGCGUCAUGGUGGUGCUGGAGGCGGGCGUCAACCAGCAGCAGCAGGAGCUGCACGCCAAGGCGGAGCAGCUGACGCAGCUGUCCCACCUGGCGGCGCGCGCCGCGCAGCUGGAGGCGCAGAACGCCUCGCUGCAGCAGGAGCUGCGCCGCUGCGAGGUGGCGGCGCAGGUGGCGGUCAGCGCCGUCACCGCGGCCGGGGCGGCGGGCGCCGCGGCGGCGGCGGCGGCGGCGGGCGGGCUGUCCGCCAGUAGCGGCAGCGGCGCGGACGAGGCGGUUACGGUACUGCCGCGCAUCGGCGGCCCCGCAGCCGGCGGCAGCCGACCGGCGGCGGCCACGCGGCACCGGUCCUCGCAGUUCGACAUCGAGGCGGGCUGGGGCCCCGACGCCGCGCCCGACGGCGCCUCCGCCGGCGGCGCCGCCGCCGGCCCCUCCGGCAUCCCCACCUCCACCGCCGCCUCAGACCCCUACUACGCGCCCCACGACUCGGACGCCGACGACGGCGCCGCCAGCUACGCCGCCGGCAGCGCGCGCCGCCUGGCGCUGGACUUCCGGCCGCUGCUGUCCGUGCCGCUCAUGCGCAGCGCGCACCCGCACGUGCGGCAUGCGGCCACGUGGGUGGACCGUGCGUCCGUGUUCGCGGGCCGCUGGCUGACCAGCCGGCCCACACUGCGCCUGGGCGCGCUGACGUACGUGGUGGUGCUGCACCUCAUCGCGCUCACGUUCAUUAUGCUGCGCAGCCGCCACUGCCCGCUGGUGGUGGGCCCGGCGGGCGCCGGCGGCGUGGCGGCGGCGGUGGCGAGCCAGGUGGCGGGCGCGGCGGCGGGCGGCGGCGGGCCGUGAAGGGGUGGCGGGGCUACAGAGCUAGGGUUGUGGUGAUACGCGGGGAGCAGGGCGGGCGCAGGUGUCUGGGGCAGGGGCAGGGGCGCAGCACUAAGUCGUGGAUGGAGGAUGCUUGGGGAGCGAUCGCUUCUUGCCAAUGUUGCAAGGGCGCGCUUAAUUGUGUAUAGGUCCAGGCUAGCUUUGAGACUUGCUUGAAGAACGGUAGAGUUGGAUGCAAGAUUGCAAGUCAUGCAUGCAGUGCUGGUAGCCGCAGGAUAUUAUAGGUGAAAGUACUGCUGUCCAGCUCAGCGGGCGCACUGCCACGUCCACGGGUCCUGUGCUCACUCAAUGCGACGCUAAGCUGGCGCUGGCCUUGUGCGCUUUGUGUGUAUCACCUAGUGGUGACGGCGGCAUGCCGUGUACAAGGAGCAAUAGCAACAUAAUAGGAGGCGGGGAAAGGCGCGACCACCUCGCCCGGGCUUUGAGGCCACUCUUCAUUCCGUAAGCUUGAUGGGGUGGGGGAGCUGGCCAACGACAGCAAUUCGGUGGUGUGCUCAGCCCUGCUGUGUGGUACGUGCAUUAGAAGCGGGGCUGGCCAAGUCUGGGUCAGACACUCAGACGUACCUGUAAUGGGUUCUCCCA